AUGACAGAACCAGAUCCGUCAUCCAUUGAUAUACCGCUUGAUCCAUUGCUUCGUGUAUGGGUCCUUCUUCCCAUCUGGAUUGCAACCCUUCUCAUGGGGCUUGUCCGUCGAAACGUAACAGCCCUCAUGACGAAAGAGCCCCCUACGACUCUUUUCAAGCAUCGAGACGCUGGUUAUCUCAAACGUUCAGUGAAACUGCGUCAAAACUUUUCCGCGAUUGCAUAUGAGCAAUUCGCCGCUCGCCGACAAUACCUUGCAGGCCCAGAAGGUGUGCUUCAUGUCGCAAAGAAGGAGAAAUCUGCGUUGACAGCCAUUAUGAAUCCAGAGAGUCUUGCGAAUCAGAUUAUGAGCGUCGUCAUGGCUAUCGUGCCUCACAUGGUGAUGGGCACAUGGGCGCGAUAUAUGUUCGCUGGAAUGGCUGUUUGUCGCCUUCCCUUCACGCUAACGCCCCGCUUUCGGCCAAUGCUACAGAGCGGUAUAGAGCUAGCGGGACAAAAUUUGGAUGUGAGCUACGUCAGUGCUCUUAGUUGGUACCUUCUUAGCAUGUUUGGGAAUGGUGGUUUGCUCUCGUUAAUUUCGAAAGGACACUCUGAUGACUUCGUCUUUGUUCCAAGCGUUGCCUCGCAAAUUUCACUCAAUAUGGCACCUGACAAGGUUUUUGCCCAGGAAAGAGAAGCUCUUGGCAAAAUCGUCCACAAACACACUAUGGGCCAGGAAGAGGACGCACUUCUGAUGAUUGACCCGGAGUCGUUUGCCGUUCUCUAG